AUGGUCAAACUGUUGUGGGACAAGAUGGACGAUGUGGCGGAGGGAGUAGGAGUGGGAGUGGGAGUGGGUGCCGAACACGAGGGAGAAGGCGACGGGGCACCACGCGUCGUGGUUGAGUACACCUUAGAGGAGGAGGAGGAGAUCGAGGAGGAUACAUCGAGGCAAGCUCAGCACGGGCACGGAGUGGUGCUCGGGGAGCGGGUGGACGAGCGGGUGAAGCAUAUCAAGCAGGAGGCGACGAGGGACUAUGGGGCUGUCGAGGAGCAGGAGGGCGGAGCGGCUGCGCAGGAGGGUGGGGCGGGAGUGCAGAUGCAGGAGGGCGGGGCGACUGUUCAAGAAUUUUGGACAGGAUUGCAGCAGCAGGUGGGCGGGGCGGCUGUGCAGGUGGGUGGGGCAGGAGGGCAGCAGCAGGAGGGCGUGGCGGCUGCGCAGGCGGGUGGGGUCGGUGGGCAGCAGCAGGAGGGCGUCACGGCUGCGCAGGAGGGUGGGACGGGAGGAUAG